AUGACGACUUUUAAUUACGUGGUCGUAGGAGCUGGACCAGCUGGUUUGUCGGCUGGUUACGGAUUGCAUGUGCACAAUGAAAAUAACUACUUGUUGAUUGAUAGUGGUGAUAACCUAUCGAAACGUGUUCAAUCCAACGACCGAACUCAUAUUGGAGGUGUAGGUGGAGCCGCACUUUUCUCCGAUGGUCAUUUUAUGUUCUAUCCAGCCUGCAAUAGACUAUGGUUGCUUGAUGAAGAAUGCUUGAGAAUAAGCUACAAUCAAUUAACAAAAAUGUUCCGAGGUAUUCUCAACAUACCAACUUUUCCAUAUGAUCUCAGUAUUAAAUCUGCCAGCCAAGUCACAACAGCCAACACUAUUUUGGGCUGCCGCGCCGACAUGGUAUUGAAUGAUGCGACAUCAGCCGAAGCUUGUUCCAGGAAUACUCAAAACAGUGAUGAACAAAGUACCGUGAAUGUUGAAGAGCGAAAACAACAGGAGCAAUUCGCUUUCCAUUUAGCACUUGAACAACGUACGGCUCUCAUUGCUUCAAUGCUGCAGGUUAUUAAACCGAAUCAGCUAUCGCUGAACACUAAACUAUAUCGAAUUGAAUCGACAGCAGAUAAUACUUACAUUUUACACUGUAAGAAAAAUGGUGAUGACAUCGAAUUUCGCUGUAAAAACCUUAUUCUCAGUGGUGGUCGGUUUUUUCCGAUAGUUUCUCAAUCGUUUCCCAUAGUAAAACAUAUUUUCAAGCAAGUGGACGUUGGCGUACGUAUCUGUGGUCCAGCAAACAAUAGUUUAUUUUCUGAUGCAACAGAAGCAAAGUCAAAGAUUAUCCCAACAGACAAUACCAAUCUAGAAUAUCGAACAUUUUUUUGGUGUCGUAAUGGAGAAUGUAUAUGGACCGAACAAGACGGAAUAGCUGCUUAUUACGGUUGCUCUGAAUGUUUACCAACAUCGGAAAGUAAUUUCGGCUUCGAUGUGUGUUUCAAGAGCGACGAUGGUCAGAAAUUUUUAGAAAAAGUUAAGGAUAUACGUCCAUUCGAGCUAUCGCUUGCUGAAUUGAACAAGCUGCAUGACAUAUAUGGUGAUGUCGGUACUCAUAUUGCCACAGGCAUUGAAUCUUUUCUCGCAAAUGUUAGUAAAGAUACAAAUUUAGAUCGACGAAUGUUUAUACUCAAAGGGCCAACAGUAGAAGCUGUCGGAAACUAUCCACUACUGGACCAACAUUUGAAAGUACCCGGAGAAAAUAUUUGGUGUGCAGGGGACGGCACUGGUUUAUUCAUUGGAAUGAUACCUGCGAUGCUCAGUGGUCUAUUUGUCGUUAAUCGAGCAAAAAACAAUGUCUAA